AGGUAUGGAUACAUCAACAUAAAGGGUCUAGCAUGUCAUCCAACCAGCUUACCUGUGAUGGGCGGAGUUAUACAACCUAUUGUCAUGCUAGUUAACCUUAGAGAUUGUAUGAAGAGAUUUAGUCAGUUGGUGCCCCAAGGACUCAGGUGAGGUUACUUUAGUAGGGCUUAGUCCCUCUGUUGGAUUGUGUCCUAGUUAGUUAGACCAACUCACUCUGUAAAUAUACUUAGCUCUCUGUAUCAUUAUCCUAGAACUGUAUCUUGUAACUGUAACUUGCUGUUAGAGUCCUAGUGAAGUACAUUGUAUUAUAUGUUACUUGAGUUUAGCAUAGGUUGAAUAAACACGGCUCACAAAUAGUAAUCGACUGGUUUGGCUGAGUUUCUGAUAAGCUAAUAUAGGACUUAGAUACCAAACACCCCGAAACGUUAUAUAAUGUCAGGUACCUGUCUACAAUCUACACCAUUGCGGUUGAACCUGCUUUACACGACCCCUCCUACGGGUCAAAGGUUGUACUAAUGUGCAGAAGGUAACCUGAGAUCCACUCGCUAUUGAAGAUUUGUUUCCUGCUUUGUACAUGCCUUGCAACCGUCUUUCAACCAAUCGUAUUGUUAGCAAGACACCAGGGCUUGAAUCACUACACGAUACCAUAUUCACAAGCGAUACCCAUGCAGUGAUGAACUGUCAUGGCACGCGUACGCGGUGAGCUGAUGUACAUGCCAUUGGUAUCUGUCGUGGUUCUACUCUCCUUCAUUGUUGCAUCAACAGGAAAAUGGACCGGCGACCCAACGUUUACGAAAGGGAGCCUUACGCUAACCUGGGACAAGACUGGGGUCGACACAUUCUUCGCAAAAUAUGUGGUUGAGCUGUAUCAAAGCAAGAACGGGACUUGCCUUGACGUGUACAGACCGCCGAGAGUACAAGAAAGCCUGUCUUUUGCACAGAGGGAGGUGACCUUCACGAGUUUACAUCCGGGCACCGUGUACUGCAGGAACUGCACUAUUGUGACAUCAAAUGACACCCGAAACUGCGGAGAAUACCAGGCAAUAAUCACAGUUCCCAUUAAUGCAACCGACCCAACUGAUCGGUCAUUUAACUCCACAUCAGUGACCAACACCACUAUUACUGUUACGUGGCCAUCCUUCACGGAGCAAAAUCAACGCAGUCAUUUCAAAGUGAAAUACUUUUACUUUUACAAGGUAACUAUUUCGCCAUCAGAGAUUGCCACAAACCCUGAACAGGCGCUCUACAAUGAGACAGAGCUGGCGGCGACUUUUAGCGGUCUCACUCCAGGAAAGGAAUAUGAAAUUCGCCUGGAAGCAGUAGGAGACAACAGCCACUUCGUGAUGUCGAACCCUUACCACAUGAGGAUCAUCACAACUGCCAUUGUCUCAACUGAUCCUUCUCCUGUAGAAAAAGUUGCAGUUGUUGCGAAGAGUUCGACAUCCGUGACUUUGAACCUGAUCCCACCGAAGGAAGGGUUUGUCGACCUGGUCCAAAUACAGGCUACUUCGAAACACCAUUCUAGUCCUCUUGUAGAUGUUCCGUUCCCAGAGAAAAUCCCAGUUCAAGCAACUCUGUCCAACCUGCGGCCUAAAACUACCUACAGCAUUUCAGCCACAACUGUUGCUAAUGGCAAGAGAGGACAGGCAAAGUUUGCAACUUUUACGACAGCGGCAGUCUACGUUGACCCAAAGCUUGCAGGCUCGGUCACUGCCGCUCUCGUGGUCGUUGUAGCAGCAACAACCUUCUGUAUCGUGCGGAUAGUCAAGCGGCUGAGGUAUAGGCUUGAUCCAACACAGCUGUUCAAGGAAGUCCUGGAGGACAUCGUUGGGGCUGAGAAGAUGGAACCAUGGCUGAAGAACAGAAAGGACCUUUACCUCGAUGAGCUGAUUGGUGAGGGAGAAUUUGGUCACGUGAGGAAGGGUGUGCUAAUGGAGGACGGACAUGUCUUCACUGUGGCAGCCAAGACGCUGAGAGUGGAUCGAGCCAACGAAAUCACCUACCGAGACUUCGCGAAGGAGGCGAGUUUGCUGAUCGAGGUCAACGAUGACGGAGGUCACGUGAACAUCGUCAGUCUGAUCGGGCUGGUUGUUGAUGGAGUGAAGAAGAAAGAUCCCCGAUACAUCCUAGUGGAGUAUGCCGAGCCAGGAGAGCUGCUCUGGUACCUGCUGGGCAUCCAGAACAGCCGACAUCAGGCAGGAUUUCCGCCGGGCCAAGGGCGCCAGCUCACCGAGGUGGCUAUCGACAUCGCCCGGGGGAUGCUCGAGCUCAAACGCCGACGGAUCACACACCGUGACCUGGCGUGUAGGAACAUCGUUCUGUCCUCUUCUGGUGGCCAGGCCGGGCGGCUGGUCGCCAAAAUCUCCGACUUUGGACUUGCCCGUGACGUAUACGUUACGACACAGUACAUGAGGCACCCUCUGACCAACGCGUUGCUCCCGAUCAAGUGGAUGGCGAUCGAGUCCCUGAUUGAGGGUGCUUACAGCUGUAAGAGCGACAUGUGGGGGUUCGGAGUCGUGCUGUGGGAGAUAGCGACUUUAGGCGGAACACCUUACCCCGAGGUUUGUGGGUACGAGACCCUGGUGACGAGGCUCCGCCGAGGGUACCGCCUGCAGAAGCCAAACGGCUGCUCGGUCGAGCUAUACGAACUGAUGAACCUUUGCUGGCUGGAUGACCCGGAUGUAAGACCCACGCCUGACGUCAUGGAGGUCAGGUUGGAGCAACUGCUGCAACAGGACAAGGCUUUCUUUCCAGAGACCUAGGAAGGCAGUAAAGAGCGUGUCACUCGCGUUUGCAUCAAUGAAGCGAACAGAUGCUGGACACCAUGAUAGUGCACUAUUAGUGCCCUUAUUUUGCAUUGCAGUGGACGACAGCUUGAGCAACUACACGGCUUUUUAUAAACUUUCGUUUUAUGUGCUUUUUUUUCUUAUAUUCUCUUCUGUUUGCGACACACACCUUAACACAACUUUUUCGAGGCGGUCGGAAGAUUUCUAAAUACCACCAACAUGUUUGAGCUACGAAGCACUGAAAUGCAUCUAUUUGCUUCUAAAUUUAUAUAGCAUGAUGCACUGCUCCAGCAUUUUUUUACUGUCCCUUUCAUUGUCGUAAAUUUUAUUUUGGUCAUUUUCAACGUUCAAAAAAAACUUUUUUAUCAUUUGUAAGCAUUACGUUGUUCAGAUGAGGUAGAUUUUUAGUCCAUCCAAACAAGCAAGUUUCCAUCCUGGUACAGCUAGAGGUACGGGUCCUGAAUACAGCACUGAUUGACACAUAUCUUAAGUCUACUUUUUAAAUUUCUAAGGCACCAUCAUGUAGCUUUGUUAGUUUUUUUGCCUUGUGAAUGUUCUUUUCUGUAUUCAUAUUCAUUCUAAUGAAUAAUUUUACACAGCAAUGUUUGCUACUUGGGAGCUUUUGAGACACACUGUCUCUUUUUCAGUAGAGACUAGAGGCCCACAUGUAGAAGAAACCAAGUGUCAAGGAGGUUACUUUGUAGGUCAUAGAUUUUAUCUUGAUACACGGAGAUAGUUUGAUACGUCAGUUGAAAUUUUCAUAUUGCAAUCUCUUUUUUCCUGUUUGAACGUGUAACUUUAAACUGACUAAGAAGUAUUGUUACAGAGAUUUGUGUUUAUUUUUAGUGACCAGUUUAUAGCUGCGGCAUCAUUUUAUUUGUUGCUGACUUGGGUAGAAACCAAAUUACAUGGAUGUACAUUUUUGUACGUGUAAGGAGCGGCAAAGUAAAGAUCAGCAUUGUAUAUAUACAAGAACAAAAUGGCAUAAUUUUGUACACGUCUGGAUGUUUUAAUUUAUAAUCCGUAGAAAGUUGCAAGAAAUUGUACAAUGUAACUGCAUUCGAUAACUACAUGUAUGCAAUAUUCAAUCUUCCAUUUAUUUGGUUAUACAUGUUGACUAAUUAGAGUAAGGUGAUUUUGGCUUUUGUACAAGAUGUGAUCAAUAGGUUCAUGGCCUCAUCCAGAAACAUCUAAAGGUGUAGUACAUACUCGAGCCAAUAUUCACCAAAUUUCAAAUAAUGUGGUCAUUUCAUUCCAAUUGACGUCCUUUUGAAAAAUCAGUAUAAGUGGCGAGAAAAGUGGGUGAACUGAGAUGGCUAGUGUUCUGUAUGCCAUGAAAACGUCGAAAUGUUUGACUGGAAAUCCCUUCAUAUUUCAACUAGAAAGAAGUGGGUAUCUGACUUUCAGCAGAGCUGC